UUGCAACGGUACAUUUCAGUUCCCAAUUCUUUUUUGAUGAAAGCAAAACCUGCAGUACACUCGCUAUUCAGUUUUUUCUUACAGAAUUUGAAUUGAAUGUGUGUUGUUUUCCGUAAACAAACAUCAGUGUGUUUUUAAAUUUGUUCAUUCUCAACUAUCUAAAUCAUUUCACAAUGGCAGCGACUAUGCCAAUAAACCCUAAGCCUUUUCUAAAUGGACUUACCGGAAAACCAGUUAUGGUAAAAUUAAAAUGGGGACACGAAUACAAAGGUUAUCUUGUUUCAGUUGAUGGUUACAUGAAUGUGCAACUUGCUAAUACGGAAGAACAUAUCGAUGGAGCUUGCACUGGUACUCUUGGGGAAGUACUUAUUAGAUGCAACAACGUUUUAUACAUACGAGGUAUAGACGAAGAAGAUGAAGAAGGCGAAAUGAAGGAUUGAAGAUUGAAUGAUAAUUUUCUAUUUGAAUGCGCCACAAACAAAAGUAUAGAAUAAAAUGUAAAUUUUUUUAUUAAAAA